CCGAGCGGCGCGGUGCCGCGGAGCCAUGGGCAAGAGCCGAGCGCGGCGGUUCCGGAGGAUCCCCUUCUCCCCGACCGGCCCCGAGCCGCGCCGCGAGGUGGAGGGCGGCCCCGAGGAGGAGCCGGCGGCCGAGCUGCUGCAGAAGCUGCAGCACCCCAGCGCCGAGGUGAGGGAGUACGCCUGUGCCAGCAUCUCACGGCUGCUGCAGCAGCAGCACGUCAUCCCAGCCUUCCUGCAGAGGGACGUCGUCCGCUGCCUGGGCCCCAUGCUGCUGGACCACAGCUUGGCUGUGCGUGAGACGGCGGCGGGUGCCCUCCGAAAUCUGAGUGCUUGCGGAGGAUUUGAAGUCUGUGAUGACAUGGUGACCCAGGAUGUCAUGACACCCCUUGUGGCACUUCUCAAAGAGUGUAGCAAUGGACUAGAUGCUAACCAGCUCUCCCCAAAGAAACGCAGAGAGAUGAACAAAAAUUACAUUGAAGAUAUAGCCAACGAGGCUAUCAACUUGCUGUGGAAUGUGUGUGAAUGCAACAGUACAGCAGUAUCCAUAUUCAAUAAAGAAGGGUGUCUGGAGGCUGUGCUACAUUACAUUAAGAAAUUUUCCACAAAUGUGGAUCUGGCAAUUUCAGUAGCAAAUUGCUUACAGGCAGUGACAGAAGAUAAUCCGGAUCUCCUUUCUUCAUUCAAUGCCCCUGUGCAGCAAGUCUUGGAAACAGUGAUGCUGUGUCCAGAGAGCACAAUGAAGCACAUCCUUUUGAGAACACUGAUAGCAGGCACCAUCUGGAAUAUCAAGGAAACCAUUCCACCAGGCAGCCUGGGAAACAUGGUUAAUGCAAUCCUGAAGAUUUUCUCAGAAUCAUUAGCAGUAGAUGCUGGUGAAACAAUUAUUCGUAUGAAUGAAGCUGAAAAAAAUAGAUUAAAACCUGCUGCAGAGGCAGAAACCGAGGAAAAUGUGAUUGACAUUACAGACAACUGUGCUGUAAGUGAAGAUGAUGGCAUGGAAGAAAUAUCUAAAGGAAAAGGCAGUGGAGAACUUGACAUCUCAGACCUGCUUCCAUCUGAUAAAUGGGAACUGAAAGAAGUGACAGCCUUACUGACAGCUCAGCAGACUGCUCUGGAAAUCAUUGUUAAUAUGUGCUGCAGCGAAGAUCCCUCUGAUGAUGAGUGGGAAGAGCUCUCCAGCAGCGAUGAAAGUGACCUGUUUAUGGAAAAUUCAUACAGUGAGGGCAGUGGGCUGCUGAUGUCACCUCUGUGUCUCUCUGCUGAGGUUCACUCGGCAUUUCUGAACAACCUCAUUCCAAAGAAGAUUCUUGAAAAAACUGCUUUUCCGAACAGUGUUGCUCUAGACAUCUGUAUGCACAAUCCGUCUUGGAAACCGUUAAUUAAAAAACUGAACACAGUGCAGUGUAGAGCUUUAACCUGUCUUCAUAGCAUUUUGUUGGUGUCAGAUGUGGAUUGCCUUGGAGGAGCCUCAGCACUUCAGUCACUUGCACAACAUCUCUCACAGCUGAUCUUUUCUAAAACAGAACUCCCUGAAGACACAGAAUUCCUGGAAGCCAUAACCAGUGCUUUGAGGGCUCUCCUACAAACAAUGGCAUCAAAGAACAUCUCCCAGUGUAUGACUCCUGAGCAGCUCCUGGCUUUAUGUGAAGCGAGUAUUCACAGCAGCAAUGCCAGUGUGAGAGUGAACGUAGUGAGCAUCCUUGGAAUUUCUGGCAGUGUCUUGGCCAAAGUACAAGAUACAGCUGAAACACUAAAGAUGAUCGGAAAAUUUCUUCUUGAGGUGGCUAUGAAGGAGUCUUCUCUUGUGGUAGCAGGGGAAGCCUUGGAUGCCCUUUUUGAUGUAUUUGCAGAUGGUAAAGAAGCAGAAAAAGCAGCAGUACAGAUGAAGUUGCUUCCAGCGCUGAAAGAAUUUCAGCCAGUGUUCAAAAUGAGGAUACGAAAAGAAGGCAAAGGACAAUAUAGUACAGAUCAGCUUUGUGUUCUUGACAACGUGAAGAUGAAUUUGAGAAGAUUCAUUGCAUAUCAGGAGACAUUAGGCAAAAACCCCACUUGAAACAUCGAGGAACUUUAAGGUGUCUGUAUCAAAAAAUGUUUUUCAAAAAUAUACUAAAAGUAUUGAGAAAAGCAGUUUUGCUUUCAAGUUAAUAUUAGGAUUUUUAAUGUUCAGUAUUUUAUACUUCUGGGAUGAUGCAAUGUGGAAAUCACAUCAGUGUAAAAAUGCAUAGCAUAUUUUGAGUUUAAAUGUUAGCAGCAACGAUAAGUGCUCUUGCAGUCCUGAGAUCAGCAAAUAGCACCACCGUCAUUGUUAGAAACCUUCAUGCAUCCUGGCAGAAAACUACAAUUGCAUGACAAAGUAAUUUAAAGAAUAUUCUCAGUUAUGUGCCAGAUCAAGGCAGGGAGGCUUAAGGUAUUUUGAGGGAAUUAAGCAGUGACAGGAUGUUGAUAUUUGCUGUUUGCCUUUAUCUGUUUGUAGCUUUGCACAGACACUUAUGGCAAACUUUCCAAGAAAAGUGUGUGAUAAGUGUGUAGAUUACUGUCGGCACUUGGACCUGUUACUUCUUGAGGUUUGUCACAGAGGAAAUUGUUUCAGAUUCAUUUAUGACAAAUUUGGUAUUAUGGCUUUUUACUGUAGAAACCAGUCUUGAAAGGAUGCUGCUCCAUCUCUGUGAUUUGAUUGCUAUUUCUGAGAAUCAAGUCUCCCAGUUUACAUUCUUCCUUAUAAUUCUGUAUCUGGGUGAAUUUGAAUUCAGCGAAGUAAUAAACCUAAUAAAAUAUUUUUAUA